GUUUCUGUUCUGUGUUUGAGUUCACCCUUCGGGCUUCUGCUUAGAAACCUAUGGUGAAAACAAAUAUACAAUGCAAAUAUCAUAGGAGAACAUUACGUUUUUAUUAAAUAUAUGAAUCUUGGAUAUAUUACAUUUUUGUGGAAUAAUUUAUAAAAAAUGUUUUCCUUCCGGUAGCAGUGAAGAGUAGAUGUGAUUCAGUCAAGAAGGAAGAGUAAUCACACUAGAUGUUAUAGCUUUAUUUAUUAUUGUAUGUUUAAAAUGGAUUUUGGAAACGUGAGCCCCACAAGAAAAGAACAACAAACUUACAGUAAUAAUAAACCUUUUGAAAGUAUAUGUCGAAUAUGUUUGGGAUCUGGUGAUCUCCAACCCUUGCAAGGGUUGGAUGUUUAUAACACAUUUAUAUGUCUUUCCAAUAUUUUUAACAAUGGGGUCAACUGUGAAGAUCAUCUACCGCAAAACAUAUGUAAUCCUUGUGUUUUAGAAUUGGAGAAUAUCGAUUCCUAUAUUAUAAAUCUAAAAAAUGCAACCCAAACUUUGAAAGAAAUUCUUCUUAACGAGAAAGAUGUAGAAAAUUAUGAGAUAAUUAAGAAAGAAAGUUUAGAAGACAUCAAGGAACAAAUCAUCCUUGAAUUUUCGAAUGAAGACAAUUCUUGUAUAGAAGUAGUGCUUGAUGAAUAUUCUACCGAAUUCAAUUCAAAAGAUAUUUUUAUUUGCAAAGUAUGUAAUACUGGUUUUGCAACCCAAAAAUCUUUGAGAACUCAUAACAGAAUGCAUGUUAGUAAUAAAAAUUAUGACAGUUUACCAAAAAAUUAUUACAACUGCCAUAUUUGUGAAAAAAAUUUCACAUUUGAAAGAAGUUGGAAAUAUCACAUGAGCACUCACCCGGAGGUGACCCUAUGGGAAUGCUCCCUAUGUGAAUGGGCUAGUCUUGAUGAAAGUCUUCUUAAAGAACACGAGCAAGAUAUUCACUUGAAAGAGAGCAAUAUUGAUUUUACUUGUAUAGAUGAUGAAUUUCUAUGCAAUAUUUGUGGAGAAAGUUUUGCUGAAAUGGGUAGUAUGAAAGAUCAUCUCAAGAUCCACACUAAAGUAAAAUACCGUAAAUGUAAUGUUUGUGGAUUGACAUUCAUUCACAGCAAUACCCUACUUAGACAUAUGAAAGUACACUCACAAGAGGAAAGAUUUGAUUGUAAUUUUUGUGCAAAAUCUUUCACAAAAAAACCUUUUCUGCACACACAUAUUGCUGUAUUCCAUGGACUCCCUGGAGAACAAAGCCUAGAAGAGAAUAAACCUUCUUGUUCUAAAUGUUUUAAAACAUUUGCAUCUGAAAAAAAUUUGAAGAAGCAUUUCGAAAAAUGUGAAGAUGAAUAUUCUAAAGACAACUUUCUUUGUGUACACUGUGGAAAAAAGUUUACCUUCAAAGUAAACCUAAAUAGACAUAUCCAAAUAGUGCAUGCAAAAAGAAAAAAGUUUAUUUGCAAACUGUGUGGGGAAAGGUUCACAGUUAAAAAUUCUCUGAAAUAUCACCUGAACAUUCACAGUGAUUCAAAGCCUUACCAGUGUUCGGUUUGUGCCAAAGGAUUCCGACAACCCAGUGCAUUGAUAAGACACAAAAACUCAGUCCACACUAAGGAGAAAAAAGCCCAAUGUUAUAUAUGUGGCAAAUGGCUGAAAACAGAUGAAACUUUGAGGUCUCAUAUGAAAAGGAAUCAUAGUCAGGAGUAAAGCUUUGAAACAUCAAAAUGUAUUUUUUUUUUAAUAAAUUACGAAUGUGAAUAAAGAAAAAAUAGUUACAGUUUUAAAGAAAUUAAGAAUAUUUGAAGAUUGCAUAUUGCCAUUAUAAAAAUGAAUUUUUUUUUCUAAAAAUAAUUUUUACUCUAUAAAUAUCUGCGAUACGAGAUCCUGGGCUGACCUGGAACAAUAAAGUAAAAUGCAGAAGUAACACUGA